AUGAAUAUUUUGGAAAUAAUUAUAGAUGCUAAAUUUUUGCUUGGUAUAGGAGUAGGCUUUUUUGUGGCUUCAUUUCUUAUGUUACCAAAGAAUGAAAGUUAAAAGGGAAAUGGUUCAUAUUCUAAAUUAAAAUUAUCAUCGAAAUCGAUUCCUUCAACUGAAGAUUUGAAACAAGUUUACUAAAAAACAAAUGAAAGAACUAAACAACUUAAAGAGAAGGGUUAAACUUUCUAAUAGUUGUAACAAAAAGGAUAAAAGGGUUAAAAACAUGAUUUUAUGGAAGAAGAUGAAAUAAGAAAAAAGGUUAAGAUGCAGUAUCAUCAAUUUGAACCAUUGUUUGAUGAAACUUCAAUUAAGGUUUAAUCAAUAAAUACUUCUUCAGACUUUGAAAGCUCCUAGCCAUUGAAAAUUGAUUGUCCAACACUUUUGCCAAAUAACCAAAACUUCGUAUCUUAUCAUGAAGAUAAAUAUUAUAAUUAGAAUAAUAAAGGAUUUGAAGAUAAUGAUAAAGAUUUAGAAGGAUUAGCAAAUAUCUAAGAAUCUCCAAUACUAAAAAAUAAUAUGCUUAGUAAUAGAAAACUAAAUGUAAGAUUAGAAAUGUAUUAUAAAAAUUAAAAUUCAGGAAACAAAGAGUGAGGG